UGAAUUAUCAUCAUGAUACUGUAUGUCAUUGGAGCAAUUUUGGUAAUUCUGGUCGUAGGCUGGUUAGUAAAAUCAGAUCCACCACCGAAAUGUGGAAUUUAUACACAGCGAAACAAGUGGUAUCCUUUCAAAUACCACUUUCUUUUAUUUGUGCUAAAAUUAAGAAGGAGGAAGAACGCGAAAAUGAGCACAGCGACCGGUGAGAAUGCUGGAUAUGGUGUUAGGUCCAGGUCCAAUGUCACAGAUAUGGAGAAAGUUCAGACACUGCCCAUAGAUCAACCAAAGGCCGUUGAUGCUGUUUACUUUAAUGGAGGGAACAAGGAUGGACAGUACAUGGUGGCAGCCACUGCUAGGAGACAGAACAAUGUGGUCCAGACCGUGCUCUACCUCAGACUUCCUGGUGUUGGUCUGCUGGAGAUUCCAUCCAAACCAGACACCAAACUCCAGGGCACAGAUCCACAGGCCUUUGCUGCUGGAGGACUGAAACUGGAGCCAGUUGAUCCAAUGAAAACCUGGAAGAUAUCUUACAAAGGCAAACUAAGAAAUCAUGAAACUCAUGACGAAUUAGAUGUGACCUUUGACCUCACCUGGACAGCCUUCACUCCAUACUUCGAUUUUGACACCGAUCUCCACCCAAAUGUUAUGGCGGACUCUAUAGCUAAAGAAAAAUGGUCUAGAAAUUAUUUUGAUGUUCUGAAAAGUGUUCAUCAAACACAUUACGAACAGUUUGGAGAAAUAUCGGGCGUCGUUGAUAUAGCAGGUGUAGGAGAAAAGACAAUUAAAGUUCAAGGAGCCAGGGACCAUUCUUAUGGAAAUAUCCGUGAUUGGCGGUACUUCCAUAGGUAUGCCAUCAGCUACGCUAUGCUGGCAGACAAGACAGCUAUAUGUGUUGGCUGUAUAUCCAUGCCUAUCACCAUGACUAGUCUUACUAUUGGUUAUGUGAUCCACCCUGAUGGUACCAAGGAAUCCGUGUCCUCUUCAGAGUUCCAGUUAGGUGAUCAUGGUGAAGAUGGGAACCCUCCAAAACAGCUGUCUUUCAAAUUCAUGGCAGGAGAGAAAGAAUACAAUGUGACUUGUACAGAAGUAGAAGCUCCAAUCUUCUACAUUGGUGAGGGCCGAGAUGCCAAAAUACAUGAACGAAUGUGUACCUACAAUGUGAAUGGCGUACAUGGCUGGGGCAUAAGCGAAUGGGAUUACAGAAAUGUCCCAUUUGAUGACGGCAGAACGUGAUGACAGAAGAUACCAAAUGACUCGUGACAAUGUCAGAAUAUAUGGUGUAAAACUGUAUUGUGUAAAUGUUAAAAAUUAUAGUAUAAAUACUCAUAUUAAUUUAACAGUGAUCAUGUGUUUAUUUAAAUCAUCAUACCCUAAAAUUUUAAAAAUAUAUAUUUUUUUAAAUAACAAUUUAAUGGUUUAUAUUCAGGACAGGCAAAUUUUCAAGACCAUCUUAUUUAAAUAUUUUGAGCUGCAAAUUAAGUGCAGUGACUUUCCCAAAUUUUUGAAAUAUUGAAUUGCCUUCCAUUAAUUUAUUUAUAAUUAAUAAUGAAAGUAAAGUAUAAUGAUUCCAUACCACAACAAAAUACUGCAUUACAUUCCGUAUAAUGAUCAGAUUUGUCACAAUAGAAAUAUUUUUAUUUUUUAGCUUGAUUUGCUUCUUCUUGUAAAUAUCUUUCUUUCAAGAUAUGUUUCCUUGCAUGGAGGUCCAUGACUAACUUUCGAGAUUUUAGGGUAUAAGUAUGUACAUGUAAAUGUUGACAGUAUUACAGAUCUUGUUCAAAAUUAAGUAUUUUAAUCAUGGAGGUUCCAUGAUGCUCCUUUCAAUCUUUUAAAAAAUGCAGAAUUACAUGUACCUUUCCGAGAUAAAUUUACUUGUUUUUAAAUCAUAUAUAUUUUCUUGUAAAAUGGUUUGUGAUUUAUAUAAUA